AUGGCCGAAUUCACGCUCGCCACACUGACGCAGGAGCAGCUCGACCGUCUGGUGCGCCAACUCGAAGAUUCGGCGUUGGAAAUUGCGACGCUCACAGCGGAACGUGACUCCGCGCGUUCGCAAUCCACGGUGAACACCCCAGCAGCACCAACAAAUGCACCUGCGCAAUCAGACGAGCCGAUCGUCAUUUCGUCCGGUACACCAACAGCACACGGCAGCAUGGGACAGCGCUCAGGCGCAGCCAGUGACAGCGCCGCCCAACCGAUGCCUGGCAUGGGAGGAAACGGGAGCGCGCCAAGCACACGGGAGCCUCGCGGAAACCGUCGGCACGUGGAAUUCGCAGCGACAAGUGGCGAACAAGCCGUCAUGACGCCAAUGCCACUCAAGCCGCAACGACCGCCCUGUUUCGACCCAAGCCAACGUGGAGGUCCGACGGUUCAAUCGUGGGUCUUCACGAUGAACGUAUUUUCCGACGCGAAUUACGUCGAGUCGGACGCAGCGAAGAUUCGGUAUGCUGUUUCGCUGCUGAGGGGCCCCGCCAUGGACUGGUGGCGAGUCAUCGUGACGUCGCCACGCGCCUACGAGCCACCGUCGCAAGAGGAAGGGCCCCCGGGUCCAACUGUUAACUGGAGUUCGUUCUGCGAAACCGCCCAAUACAGCACGUGGGAUGCGUGGUGCGCAGGGCUUCGGGCGCGCUUCGAGCCGAUCGCGGCUUCUAUUUCGGCGCGUCAGAAACUGCGUACUUGGCGGCAGCUCGGAUCGGUUCAAGAUUACACGAGUGGAUUUCUCGCACUUUGCGAGCAAGUCGGUUAUAUGCACGAGGCGGAGCGGGUGGACCGUUACGUCGGAGGGCUGAAGCCGGACAUCUCGCACGAAAUCAUGCUACGCGGGCUCUCGAUAUUAACGAGAUUCUCGCGCUCGCCGAGAAAAUCGACAUCCUACGACGACCGAGACCGGGGUCCUACUACGGACAUCGUCCUCGGGGAUCGAUCGAGCGCGCCACUGUGA